AUGUCAUGGAAGCUUGCACUUCAAGACUAUAUCAAGAAUCCAGAAGGUCACAAGAAUGAGGUUAUUAUCUAUGAUGAAGAGGCUGUUAUUAUAAAAGAUCAAUUCCCCAAAUCUGCAUAUCAUCUACUGGUACUAACCAGGAAUCCGCUAGUUUCUAGGCGUCACCCAACUAUUGGGCUGACGUAUGAUAUUAAGGAAGAAUUAAAGCCAUAUGUGGAGAUAGCACAAGAUUAUAUUUAUCAAGAGUUCACCAAAAAGUAUAAAGUGCUUAACUCUGGAUGUUUCUUCGAAAAUGACGAUGAGCUCUUGGACAAAGACUCUUUUGUGGAAAAUUUUAUCCAGGUCGGCAUUCAUAGCGUGCCAUCGAUGACAAAUAUGCACAUCCAUGUAAUGACCAAAGAUUUUCACUCUAUCAGGUUGAAGAACAAGAAGCAUUAUAACUCCUUUACAACUUAUUUUUGGAUUGAUUGGGAUUCGUUACCAUUGAACAAAAUACCGGAUAGUAAAGAAACUGAGAAAAAGUAUCUUCGAGAUCAUGAUAUGAUUUCCGUUUACAACGGUGAAAAUUUUGACAAUAAGUUUUCAAAACUGAAACAACACAUAUCGGAUGAGUUUAAUUACUACUUCACAUCAAGGUAA